AUGCCCUGCUUUAUCAUUCAUUCUCGUAAUUUCUGUUUAAACAAAUUUCGACAAACAAAAGUUUAUACUUAAAAUUAGAAAUUAUGUGUGUUCGAAUAAUCGGAUCUGCGCUAUGCUGCUGCCUUAAUUUGGGGGCAAAGGUACUGUGUUGUAUCAUCUGUUCCUCAGUUGGGUUUCUGGUUAUAGGCGCUCUGGUCAUAUACUUUGUCUUCUUCCACAACAAGUCGGGGAAGACGACAAAGGCGGAUGAAACUACUGCUGCAGUGACGACAGCCUCUGUGGCAGUUAGAGCAAUGGCCCAACAGUUGUAUAACCAUCACUUAAAGCAACAUUUAUUCGGCGAUGAUGUGGAUAAGGAGAAGGAUGCAGAAAUGAUGGGACUAGAUGACUGACUGUUUCAUUCCAGACUAUACCUACACAUAUUCAGCACAAAUCUAUCCACGUCCUACCACUCACAGUUACAUUUGGAAUCUAUUCUAUUCAAAUGUUGUCCUUCUGGAAACUAAUCAAAUGUGCCGUACGCCUUGUUGUCGUUGUGGCACUUCUAUUCAUUAUAUACGACACCCUUUUGAUAAUUAACUAUUGCAUCAGAAUUCUCCGCAGAGAAAGCUGAGAGGCUCUUCAAAUAAAUGUGACCAAAAUUGAAUCCUUUGCGCAAUCCAAUGGCUGUUUUUGUCAAAAUUCGCAAUACUUUUUUUUGUUGGAAAACCAAAAUUACCUUACCAAAUCAUUUCUUGUGAAUUUGGAAAUAUGUUUCAAAAACUUAGCUGUUGCUUUGUGCAUAAUAAAAUGAGAUAAAAGCUUGA